AUGUCAACUGGGAAUUCAAAUAAGUACAGAAUUCUAGAAGUAAAAGAGAUUCCGAUUCGUAAGAUGAUGGGUUGUCACGUAAUGAGAUGGCCCUACGCAGUUUACUAUUGCCAUCAUCAGGUGGAUAACAGUGAAACCAAGGUUUUUAACAUUUUAUUAGGAGGUGAUGAUGAUGGAGACAAACUUGAUGCUUAUGCUGCUUGUCAUAUGGACACAUCGAAACGGGAUCCUAAUCAAUUGGUGUUCAAGUUGUUAAAUACCGCGCCUGGCCGUUUCUCUCCAGUUUGUCACAUCUUCCCUGAAGGAGACCUUGUUUGGACCAUUGUGGAAACAAUAUAUGUUGGUCCAGACAAUAUAUUGUCUGAUGCAAACAAACGGCCAUUUUGCGACUCGAAAUCCAAGGCAAUUUCGAGAUAUUUGUAA